AUGUUGCUUCUGUAAAUGAUUGAUUGGAAGAAACAAUAUAUUUUGCAAAGUAGAAAAAUAACAAGCAGUAUCUUCUCUAGAAGUAAUAAUGAUAAUAUCAUUUUAAAGCUUUUUAUUCCAGAAUGUCAAUCAUUAAAAGCUGAUGCUAUAUUUUUUGUUGGAACAUCUUUGAAAGCUACAGCAGUAGAUUUCCAGCACUUGAUGAAUUUUCUGAAAGAAAUUUUGAAAUAUUUUGAGAUUGAUUCAGGUAAUGUGAGGAUAGGAUUAUUGAUGUAUACUUCAAAACAGCUUGUACGGUUUGAUUUAAACAGCUUUCAAACAAAAGCUGCCAUAUACAGAUCAAUUAGUAAUGUAACUUUUGUACGAAGUGAGCCCUUUGUGUCAAAAGCUUUCAAAAUUAUAAAAAAAAAGAUGUUUUCACUUCAAAAUGGAGACCGUCCAGAUGUAGAUAACAUUGUAAUUUUUCUAACUGAUAAAAUUUCCAAAAGCGGUAUGCAAAAGAUUCUUCAAAAGAAUACAGGUACAAAAGCUACCAGUUAUAAUUUAUAUGCUGUUGGGCUUGGAAUUAAUGGAUUAAAGCAGAUUGCAAUAAAUACCACUAUCUUCAAAACUAAAAGUACUCAACAUUUGGGACAAAAUCUACCAAAUAUUAUCACGUCAAUAUGCCCAGCUACAACAUCGAGUGUUGUUACGAGACCAACUGGACGACCAGUACCCACAGCAACCCCUUCUUUUCCACCUAUAGUGACAGCACCUCCUACUCCUAAACCAACAACACCUGCUAUACCUCCUCCUCCUAUUAUAAUAUCCCCUCCUCCACCUCCUCCCUUUUUCCCAACCAUUAGUGUUUCAACAGAAACUACUGCUGCUCCUACAACACCCACAAAAGUACUUUCAACUGGGCCACCAGCACCACCUGUGGAAGUAUCAACUGCUCCUCCAGCUCCAGUUAAACCUGUGGAAUUAACAACUGCUGUACCCCCCACUGUUAUACCUGAGGAAAAAGCAACUGCUCCUCCAGCUCCAGUUAAACCUGUGGAAUUAACAACUGCUGCACCCUCCCCUGUUAUACCCGAGGAAAAAGCAACUGCUCUUCCAGCCCCAGUUAAACCCGUGGAAUUAACAACUGCUGCACCUCCCCCUGUUAUACCUGUGGAAAAAACAACUGCUCCUGCAGCACCAAUUAAACCUGUGGAAUUAACAACUGCAGCUGCACCUCCCCUUGUUAUACCUGAGGAAAAAACAACUGCUCCUGCAGCUCCAGUUACACCUGUGGAAUUAACAACUGCUGUACCUCCCCCUGUUAUACCCGAGGAAAAAACAACUGCUCCUCCAGCUCCAGUUAAACCUGUGGAAUUGACAACUGCUGCACCUCCCCCUGUUAUACCUGUGGAAAAAAUAACUGCUCCUCCAGCCCCAGUUAAACCCGUGGAAUUAGCAACUGCUGCACCUUCCCCUGUCAUACCUGUGGAAAUUAAAACUGCUCCCCCUGUCAUACCUGCGGAAAUUGCAACUGUUGUACCUCCUCCUAUAGAGCCUGUGGAAAUUUUGUCUGUUCGCACACCACCAGAACCAACACAUACAGCCCCAAAAUAUGCUUUUCAAAAGUUUGGAGACUGUAGCGAUGCCCAACUUGACCUUGUCUUUGUUUUGGAUUCGUCAACCAGUGUUGGAAGAGCAAAUUUCAGAAUUUUACUUUCAUUUGUGAAAUCCCUUCUGUCUGAUGUUCCUAUUAACAAUGAAGGGGUACAAGUUGGUAUCCUCUCUUUUAGCAAUGAUGUCCGAAUUCAUUUUCGUUUAAAUGAUUACAACAACAAAGAAGAAUUGUUAGCCGCCAUUGACAGCAUCCCUUUUAGGCAUGGUAGUGCUAACCUGGCAGAAGCUAUACGUAUUAUGCAUGAAGAUAUGUUUCAUGGCCGAAAUGGGGAUAGAGAAAAUGUUGCUAAUAUUGCUGUUAUCAUCACUGAUGGUCUAUCAAACCUGAAUUCCUACAGAUUACCAAAUGCUGUCAGGAAUGCCAAAAAUAAGGAAAUAAAAAUGUAUGCAAUUGGAAUUGGUCUGACUGACACUCGUGAAUUGGAUCUAAUUGCUACUCAUCCAAUUCUCAAGAACAGAAUUACUGUACCAAAGUUUGGUCAACUCUUGGAUAUUAAAUCUACAUUACUAAAAAACCUUUGUCCAGUGAUUAUUCCUGAAGCUCCUCCUCAAGGUGUUCAGAAGACUAUACCUACUGACUUAAUUUUCCUGGUUGAUUCUUCAACAAGUGUCGGACAAAGGAAUUUCCAAAAAUUUAUUGACUACAUAAAAAGUUUUGUAUCAGAAGCUGACAUUGAUUAUGGCAGUGUUCGUAUUGGUUUGGCAUUAUACAGUACAAGAGUGUAUAUUCAAUUUUAUCUCAAUGACUUCCUUUCCAAGAGUGAAAUGCUGGAUGCAAUUGAUAAUAUCCGUUAUAGAUAUGGCAGCACAAAUGCUGCUCAUAUGUUUCGCACUUUGCGUAAUAAAAUGUUUACACCUGAGAAUGGAGAUAGACCUGAUGCACGAAAUAUUGCGAUCGUCAUUACAGAUGGUAUUUCUAAUAUUGAACACUAUCAGACAGUUCCUCAAGCUAGAUUGACUCAUGCAGCUAACAUUCAUGUUUAUGCCAUCGGCUUUAAAUUAUAUGACACAAGAGAGUUGAUUCAAAUUUGUUCCUCUCCUGCCAAAGAAAAUGCUUUCACUGUGGAAAGUCUUGAUGAGAUAGAAUUUCUUAAGGAUAAAAUUCUUGAGAAAAUAGCUCCAGCUACAACUGAACCUCCAACUGAGCCUACUGUACCAACUACAACACCUACAACAACUGUUGCAACCACAACUCCCACAACAACUGUUACCACAACAAUACCUACAACAACUGCUGAAUAUAUAGCAGUUCCUUCUGACAUAGUUUUCAUGGUGGAUUCAUCUACAAGUGUGAGUAGACAAAACUUCAAGAAAGUUCUUGGUUUUAUCAAGCAUUUUUUGGCUGAUGCUGAUAUUGAAAAUGACGUCGUCCAUGUUGGAAUAGCAACAUACAGCACAAAUGUUUUUAUUCAAUUCAACCUCAAUGCUUAUACUACUAAAGAAGAAAUAUUCAAUGCAAUUGAUAAUAUUCCUUACCGUUAUGGCAGUACAAAUAUAGCUCAUGCAUUUCGUACAAUGCGAACAAGAAUGUUUACACCUGAGAAUGGAGAUAGACCUGAAGCUCGAAACAUUGCAUUCCUCAUCACAGAUGGUGUUUCUAAUAUUGAACACUAUCAGACAAUUCCCCAGGCAGAAUUGGCCCAUGAUGCUAACAUCCAUGUUUAUGCUAUUGGUAUUGGCUUAUAUGACACAAAAGAACUUGAAGGACUUUCAUCAAAACCCUCUCAGGAAAAUACUUUCAUUUUACAAGAUUUUAAUGAAUUAGAUUUUCUUAAAAAUGACCUGUUUGAAAAGAUAUAUCCAGAAAUUCCAACUACACCUCCAACAACUCCUGUUCCAACAACUGCCUGCAGAGCAUCUCAUGCUGAUAUUGUUCUUCUCUUGGAUUCUUCAAGUAGUGUCAGUGCAAAAGAUUUUAAGAAAAUGCUCACGUUUGCAAAAUACUUUUUGUCUGAUGCAAACAUUGAUUCAGGUGGUGUGUGUGUUGGUAUUCUAGUUUAUAGCACUCAUGUGCAUGUUCAGUUUCACCUGAAGCAAUAUUCAACCAAAAGUGCACUUUUUACUGCUAUAGAUGAUGUUGAAUAUAGAUAUGGAGACACUAAUACUGCAGCAGCUCUGCGAAUCAUGAGAACUAAAAUGUUCACACCUGAAAAUGGAGAUAGAGAAGAUGCACCUAACAUAGCCCUUGUACUUACUGAUGGGGUUUCUAAUAUUGAACCAAAAUAUACUAUAAUAGAGGCUUUGCGCGCGCAUUCAGCAGGAAUUCAUAUUUAUGCAAUUGGUAUCCGUUUAACUGAACAAACAGAAUUACAAAAUAUAGCAUCGAAACCAGCUUCAGAAAACAGUUUUAGAGUUGAUGAUUUCAAUGAGCUUGUUAAAAUAAAAGAAGAGGUGUUUGCCAAAUUCUGUUCUGAACCUCCAACAACACCACCUGAACCAGAAUUUGCUCCCUCUGACAUAAUAUUCCUGCUGGAUACAUCAACAAGUGUAAAUGAAGGAAAUUUCAAGAAAGUUCUAGCAUUUGUGAAAGACUUUUUAGCUGAAGCACACUUUGGGCCUGAUGGCAUACGUAUUGGUAUAGUUACUUACAGUACAAGCAUUAAUGUGCAAUUUUACUUAAAUACAUAUGAAACAAAAAAGGAAAUCCUUGAAGCUAUUGAUAACAUACCAUACACGUAUGGAAGCACAAAUACAGCUGGUGGCUUAGAGACCAUAAGGAAAGUAAUGUUCCAGAAAGAACGUGGCGACAGAGAAGAUGCAAAGAAUAUAGCUAUAGUGGUUACAGAUGGAGUUUCCAAUGUUAAUGCUUAUCGUACAGUUGAUGAAGCAGCUCUGGUUAAAAAGGAAAACAUUCACAUCUAUGCCAUUGGUGUGGGUCUAGUGGAACUUAGUGAGCUGCACCAAAUAGUAUCUGAACCUCCGGAAGAAAAUACAUUCCUUGCUCAAAACUUUGAUGAACUUCAAGGCUUAAAGGAGUUGGUGUUUACUGAAUUUCAACCAAAACCUACAACAACACCAGUAAUUACAACAACGGAAUGCAUCGCUGCGUCAUAUGAUCUUGCCUUCCUUCUUGAUUCUUCAACGAGUGUAAGUGAAAGGAAUUUCAAGAGAGUUCUUACAUUUGUGAAGGAAUUCUUAUCUACAGCUGUUAUUGGACCUGAUGCAAUUCAUGUCUCGAUUGUGACCUUCAGUACCCAUGUGCGUAUUGAGUUCCUGCUGAACAGGUAUACAAGUAAAGAAGAAAUAUUCGAAGCAAUUGACAGAAUACCUUAUAGAUAUGGUAGCACGAAUACAGCCGAUGGCUUGAAAACUAUCAGAAGUGAAAUAUUUAGAAUAGAGAGUGGAGACCGACCUGAAGCUCAGAAUAGACUAUUUGUUAUAACAGAUGGUGUUUCAAACAUUAAUUCUUUCCGCACAAUUGACGAAGCUGAACUAACCAAAAAUCAAGACAUUCAUAUUUAUGCAAUUGGUAUUGGUUUGCCAGACACUAAUGAACUUAUGAAGAUUGCAUCAGAACCUUCAGAAGAAAAUACAUUAAUAGUUAGAGAGUUCAAUGACCUCAAAGGCUUACAAGCAGAAAUGUUUAAAGAAAUUUGCCUUGGAAUGCCAACCCGAAAGCCCAGACCUACGGAACCCCCAACACGACCACCUGUGUCAGUUAGGGGACGUUGCAGAGCUGCCAAAGCUGAUAUUGUAUUUGUUCUGGAUUCUUCAACUAGUGUCAGCCAGAUAAACUUCAAAAAUAUUCAAAAAUUUAUGAAAGAAUUUUUGACAGAUGCCACCAUUAGCCUAGAAGCUGUGCGUGUUGGGGCUAUUGUGUAUAGUACUUCUGUUAACAUUCAGUUUCAUCUUAGUGAUUAUUCUAAUAAAGAAGAUGUUUUUAGAGCUAUUGAUAGUAUCCAGUAUACCUAUGGUAGCACUAAUACUGCUGAUGCUCUAAAAGUAAUGAGAACUGAAAUGUUUGCAGCAGAGAAUGGUGACCGGGAAGAUGUGCAAAACAUAGCUGUUGUUGUAACUGAUGGGGUAUCUAACAUCAAUUCUUAUAAUACUGUCACUGAAGCAGAACUUGCCAAAAAUGAUGGCAUACAUAUUUAUGCUAUUGGUGUUGGUCUUAGUGACUCAAGAGAAUUAAAUCGUAUUGCUUCUCAUCCGGCGACUGAGAAUACAUUUGAAGUUCAAGACUUUGAUGAAUUACAUGGAGUAAGAACUAAAGUAUUCAAAGAAUUUUGCCCAGAAAGCUGUAUAUCGACUAGCACUGACAUCAUCUUCCUGAUGGAUACUUCAACGAGUGUUGAGCAACGAAAUUUUAAGAAAAUGGUUGCUUUCAUUAAAGACUUGUUAUCUAAUGCUACCAUUGAUGCUGGAGUGGUUAGAGUAGGUGUAGCUACCUUUAGUACACAAUCUCAUAUUGAGUUUCAUUUAAAUGAAUAUUUCACAAAGAAUGAAAUAUUUACAGCUUUGGAUAAGAUCAGAUAUAGAUAUGGAAAUACUAAUACAGCUGGAGCUCUUCACACAAUGAGAGCAAGAAUGUUUACUCCUGAACAUGGUGACAGAGAAAGUGCCAUUGAUGUGGCAAUUUUGAUAACAGAUGGAAUUUCUAAUAUGAACACUAACAGAAUCAGCAUUGAAGCAAAGGCUGCACAUAAAAGAGGCAUUCAAGUUUAUGCCAUUGGUAUUGGAUUGGCUGAGAUCUCAGAACUAAAACAGUCUGCAUCACAGCCUUCUGAGGAUUAUACAUUUAAUGUUCAAGAUUUUCAUGAGCUUCAAAAUUUAAAGGGCAAACUAUUUGAAUUCUGUGACCUUGAGCACACACCUGUAAUUUCAUCUUCUGGUGGCUGUAUGUCAUUAGAUUUUGACAUAGUUUUUCUUGUGGACACAUCAACAACAGUGAAGAAGAGAAACUUUAAAAGUAUCAUUAAUUUCAUAAAGAUGUCACUAUCUGAUGCUAUAAUUGACCAGGGCCUAGCAAGGGUUGGUGUGGCCACUUUUAGUACAAACGUACAAAUUCAUUUCUAUCUAAAUACAUUCGAGACUGAAAAAUAUAUUUUUGAAGCAUUGGAUAACAUUACUUUUACAUAUGGUGACACAAAUUAUGCUUCAGCAUUGUCCUCAGUAAGGAUGAAAAUAUUCAAGGAAGAAAAAGGUGACCGACCUCUGGCUAAAAACAUCCUUGUUUUGAUAACGGAUGGUGCAUCAAAUGUAUUCAGUUACCGAACAGUAGUUGAAGCUCAGCUUCUAAGAGAAACUGGAGUAGAAGUUUUUGUUAUUGCAAUUGGAUUAAAAGAAACCACUCAGUUAAAAUAUGUGGCAUCUUUUCCCACUGAUGAACACACAAUCUUUGUUCGAAACUUUGGAAAACUUGUUAAAAAUGUUGAAACUCUGAAAACCAAAAUUUUCGAUUAUUGUGAAAUCGAUGAUAAAGAUGGAGGCAGAUGCGGGCCAGCAAAUGCUGAUAUCGUCUUCCUUAUUGAUUCUUCUGCAAGUGUAUCACGAGUAAACUUCAAGAAGAUGCUUAUGUUUGUAAAAGAUCUCAUAUCUGAUGCUGAUAUUGAUUCGGUUGUACGAGUUGGGUUAUUAACCUUUAAUGAACGAGUUACGAUACGUUUCUAUUUAAAUACCUAUUCAACAAAAGAUCGUGUAGAAAAUGCUAUAUUAAAUGUUCCAUUUGAAUCCGGCACCACCAACACUGCUGAUGCUUUAAGGGACAUGCGUACUAAAAUGUUUGUAAGAGAAUAUGGAGAUCGUUUGGAUGUACCAAAUAUUGCGGUCAUUCUCACAGAUGGUGUCUCAAGUGUAAAUAGUAAUAGAACUAUAAUAGAAGCUAAGACCGCUCACAGAGAUGGAAUACAAAUUUAUGCAAUUGGUAUUGAUUUGGUUGACACAAGAGAACUUGAUGGAAUAGCUUCAAGGCCUACUAAAAAGUAUCGGCAUACAGUUCAAGACUUUGAAGAGCUGAAGUAUUUAAAACAGAAAAUUUUCCAAAGGUUUUGCAGACCAGGCAGGACAACAGCAGUCAUCCCAAAACCUAAACCACCUGUAUCAGAAACUGGUCAGGAUAUUGUGUUGAUGUUGGAUUCCAGUGUACCAAAUGAAAAGUUUUUUUUGAUGCUUAUCUUUGCUCGUACAUUUGUUGGGACGGCUGACUUUGACUCAGGGAAAGUGAGAAUUGGUCUUUUGUUCUUUAAUUCUGAUGCUAAAAUCGAAGCCCAUUUAAAUACAUUCCAUCAGAAAGCCGAUUUACUGCAGGCUAUUGAUAUGUUGCCACAAAGUACAGGAAAAUCAAACAAAGCCAAGGCUUUCAAUGAAGUGAGGAAAAAUAUGUUUACUAUUGAAAAUGGAGAUCGACCUAAAGCUGAAAAUAAAGUUAUUCUUAUCACUGGAUCAAAGACCAGUGAUAUAGUAAAAGCUGAGAAACGUGCUGAAGAAUUACGAAGAGAAGCCAAAGCUGAGGUAUUUGUACUUGGAUUAGGUGAUACAGAUCCAAAUGAGCUGUACGGCUUUGCAUCUGCACCAGAGAAUGAACAUGUGUAUCAAGUGAACUCUGCUGAAAGUAUAAUGAAUAUUAUAGAUCCACUUUUAAAAAAAGUUAAGCAAGUAUAUGUACCACCUCCAACUACUCCAGCUCCUACAACUAGACGAACUAUUUCGUCAACAAAACAACGAAUUCCAGUGGCUACUACACCAAGGACUACGACCCAAGAGACUACAACCCGAAGUACUACAACCCGAAGUACUACAACCCGAAGUACUACAACCCGAAGUACUACACAUCGAAGACCUAUAAUAACUACACCCAAAAGAAUAUACAGACCUUCAGAUUGUACUAGCAAAGCUGACAUUCUGUUUGUUGUUGAUUCUUCUGGAAGUGUUGGUGAGGAAAACUUUGCCAAAGUAAUAGACUUCGUAUAUUCUACGAUUGAGAGUCUUGAUAUAGAAUCAGGAUUAUAUAAUGUGGCUCUCAUCACAUUUAGUGAUGAAGCACGUGCAGAAUUUUAUCUAAAUUCUUUUACCAUGAAAGAAGAUAUUGAAAAUGCCACUGCAGCUGUAAAAUAUGUCUAUGGCUCAACUCAUACAGCAAUUGCUCUUCGAAUGGCACGCAGAAUGAUAUUCACUGAAGUCAAUGGAGACAGGGCUGAUGCACCCAACAUUGUAAUUAUUAUAACUGAUGGUCAGUCAAAUAUUAAUCAUAGAGAGACUUUACCACAAGCUCGUCUUCUUAAACAGAGUGGUGUGAGUGUUAUAACUGUAGCUGUUGGAUUUGCAACACAAACAGAAGAAUUAAUUGGAAUGACAUCACCACCAGUUGCAGAGAAUUUAUUUUCUGUUGAUGAUUUCAGUGAACUUGAAGAUCUUCAUGCCAGGAUUGUAGAACCAAUUUGUAAAGGCCAACAAUUGUGUGCAAAUAAUCCCUGCAAAAAUGGAGGAGAAUGCUAUGAUACACUUAAACAUUACAUUUGUAUCUGUUCUAAAGGUUUCUAUGGAACAGAAUGUGACAAAGUCUGUCCACAACCAGCUGAUGUAGCAUUUAUUCUAGAUUCUUCUACUAGUGUUGGCUGGAGAACCUUUCAGAGAAUGAAACGCUUUGCUGAAAGUAUGGUGAGAGAUCUAGCUGUAGGUUACUGUGGCCACCACAUUGCUUUAGUAAAAUAUAGUUCACGACCUUUAAUAGAAUUUCAUCUAAACCGCUUUACUAGACAAGAAUCAAUUAUUCGAAGCAUUGAUGACACUUCCUACACUCGAGGCCAUGCUGAUAUGGCAAAUGCCAUAAAGUUUGUGAGUCAAGAAAUAUUUUCUUCAAGACAUGGAGAUCGAGAUAAGGUCAAAAACAUCGCCUAUUUGCUGACUCAUGGUCAAAUAGAUUUGUCAAGCGAAGAUACUCUCAGGCAAGCUGAAUUAGCCAUUUCUUCUGGUAUUCAUCUUAUACCUGUAGCAUUUAAUGUUCGAAAAAGCUAUGAACUUGACACCAUUGCUGCUGCACAAGGAAUAAAAACAACUGAAAUUUUUGGUGCUGAUGUAGAUGGAAUGACUGAUUCCUUAUUGCAUCCUAUUUUUGAAACUCGAAGUCACUGUGAACCAAAUCCCUGCUUAAAUGGAGGAAAAUGUGUCAACUAUCCAUUUACAUAUAAAUGCGAAUGUAAACGAGGUUUCACUGGUGAAAAUUGUGAAAAGCAAUGUAAUUCUAGAGCUGAUAUGAUUUUAGUUAUUGAUACUUCACGUUAUGUAACAAGGCCAGCUCUCAGAAGGGUCAAACGUAUGUUACGAAAAACAAUUAAAAGACUUUCAUUCAGUCAUCAAAAUAUACGAGUUGCAGUAAUAACCUAUGAUGCAGAGCCAAGACUCCGACUUACUCUUGAUAAAGGUAGACACAAACAGGAUGUGAUGGCAGUUCUCUCAAUGCUUAGACCUGGACGAACUGACCCCAACCCUGGUGCUGCACUACGAAUGGCCAAUCAAGAUGUGUUACGGCAGAAAUUAGGAGACAGAAUACAUGUUCCCAACUAUCUGGUACUUGUCACAAAAUCUGUACGAGAUCUCGAUGAAAUGUUGGUCCAGUCCCGAAAUCUUAAAAUGAAAGGAACUAGAAUUAUAGCUCUUGGUCUUGUAAGCAGCACAUCUUUUGUAGCAUCUAGCUUAAAUGAUGUUGUAUCACUGCCAUUGGAUAAAAACAAAUUUAUUAUUACUGAUGACACCAAAGAAGAACAUGUAGCAGAUGUUAUUCAGAAAUUAGCAGCAGCUGUAUGUUAUGAGGAAAUUUGCUCUGAAAAUCCCUGUUUGAAUGGUGGAACAUGUCAAAUAGAUAAAGGAAGUGCAGUUUGUGACUGUCCAAGAGGCUAUGCUGGAAGAUGGUGCCAAAGCACUUGUGCACAAAAUGUUGAUGUUGUCUUCGUUUUGGACACAUCUGGAAAUAUAAGCCCUGGAGAGUUCAGGUUAAUGAAGGAGUUUGCAAUUGAGAUAGCUGAGAAACUGUCUAUUGGAACUCAUAAAUCAAGAGUUGCUGCUGUUACUUACAGUUCUAGAGCCCAUUUGGGAUUUACUUUGGAUAUGUUUUCAUCUGCACGUGAUGUAAGGAAUGCCCUUUCUUCCCUGCUUUAUGAAUAUGGAAAUUCAAAUGCUGUAGCAGCUCUAGAAUUGGUGCGGUCCAAAAUAUUCAAUUAUAAAACUGGAGAUCGGCCAGACGUCAAAAACUUUGUAAUCUUUUUAUCAAAUACUGAGUCUAAAAUUCACCCUGAACACACAGUAGCUUCAGCCAGAGCUUUAAGGAAUAUCGCUCAUAUCUAUGCAAUUGGAAUUGCAAACUAUGACUUAAAAGAACUUCACAACAUAGCAAGUUUACCAUAUUUACUGAAUGUUUUCACAGCUGAAAACUAUGAAGGCCUUUUCAACUAUACAAAUACAAUAACUCGAGCUUUCUGUAAAGGUAUGGAACACAAUUUUAUAAUUUUUACUUUCAGUGGUUUCAGUCACCAGAUUACAGCUAUGCAAGACACAACCUUCAAGGUUUUUAAUUUAUCAUUGCAGCCCCAGUAUUAUGAAACUUGUUUUAUUGAUCUAUGUUUAUUAAGUAACUAA